AUGGAGCAUUUCUGGGAUCUUUUAUUUCGGCUCUACAUCUGUAGAGUGUUAGUAACGUGUGUAUAUAUAUAUUGUGUGUAUUUCCAGUGUGCCAAGACGUUCCUGAACCUGAUGGCUCACAUCUCUAAGGAGCAGACAGUCCAGUACAUCCUCACUCUAAUUGAUGAUACCCUGCAGGAGAAUCACCAGAGGGUGAACAUCUUCUUCGACUACUCCAAAAAGACCAAGAACACCGCCUGGUCCUACUUUCUGCCCAUGCUCAACCGCCAGGACCUGUUCACCGUCCACAUGGCGGCCAGGAUCAUCGCUAAGCUAGCAGCCUGGGGUCGUGACCUGAUGGAGGGAAGUGAUCUCAACUACUACUUCAACUGGAUCAAGACCCAGCUCAGCUCCCAGAAGCUUCAUGGUACAGGUCCAGAUUCCUCAGGACAAGGCACUAUAUCCCCCAGUGAAAGCUCUCAGUAUGUGCAGUGUGUGGCUGGCUGUCUCCAGCUGAUGCUGAGGGUGAAUGAGUACAGGUUUGCCUGGGUGGAGGCUGACGGGGUGAACUGCAUCACGGCUGUGCUCAGUAACAAGUGUGGUUUCCAGCUGCAGUACCAGAUGGUGUUCUGUAUGUGGCUGCUGGCCUUCAGCUCUCAGCUCUGUGAGCAGCUACGUCGUUACAACGUGGUGCCGGCCCUGUCUGAUAUCCUGCAGGAGUCUGUCAAGGAGAAGGUCACGCGCAUCAUACUGGCUGCCUUCAGGGUAUGUACUUUUAGUUAGGCUGCUCAGUCGGAC